GCCAAUUAUCGUAUUUAGUUAUAGCGCCGUAGUUACCUGUUUCUUUAUUGUUUUUACGUUUUACUAUUAUGAUCUUAAUAUGAGCAUCAAGCGGACGAAUCAUGCAUCUGUCCAAUUGGCGAAAACGUAUCCAAAUUAUUAUGACGAUGAUCUGCGUGUAGGUUGGCCAUUUCAAAUUACGAAAAAUUAUGAUGAAUCUAACAUCUUUGAAUGGAGUGAACCGAUAAAGCGACUGAACAGAAAUCGAUCCGGAUUCUGUGAAGAAGGUGCUCCAUUUGUUCCGCCUGAAAAUAUGAAGGAGUUGAUGGAAACACUUAUGAAGGAACACAACUUUAAUUUACUAGCGUCGGAUCUGACCUCAUUGCAUCGAUCAUUACCAGAUCCAAGAUUCGACGAGUGCAAGAAUCUUUUGUAUCCGAAGAAACUGCCGAUGACGAGUGUGAUAAUUAUUUUCCAUAACGAAGCCUGGACAACCCUACUUCGCACUGUUUGGAGCAUAAUUGAUCGGUCGCCAGUCGAGCUAAUCAAAGAAAUUAUUUUGGUCGAUGAUUUAAGCACUUGGUCAUUUUUAAAACGGCCAUUAGAUGAUUACAUCGAAACUAUACCGGUUCCCGUUAAAUUGAUUCGAAAUUCGAAACGCGAAGGUUUAAUGCGAGCCAGAACUAUUGGAGCGCAGCAUGCCACGGGACAAGUCCUUACAUUUCUGGAUGCUCACAUUGAAUGUUGUGAAGGAUGGUUACAGCCGUUAUUGGCGCGCAUUGCAAGUGAUCGUUCUGUUGUAGCAGUACCACUGAUAGAUGCUCUUAACUCCUAUGACAUGAGUUACUCCGUUAGCCCGGCCACUUCUAUCAAUGGAUUUCACUGGUCGCUUGUAUUAUAUUGGAUGCCCGUCCCUGAGAGAGAAAUUAUUCGAACUCAUGGCGAUAAAACAGCACCUGUAAGGACUCCGAUGAUGAUAGGCUGUGCAUUCUCGAUUGACAAUGAGUUUUUCUUUGAAAUUGGUGCAUUCGAUGAGGGCAUGGACAUUUGGGGCUCAGAAAAUGUGGAAAUUGCUGUCAGGGUAUGGCGAUGUGGUGGAUCUGUGGAAAUUUUGCCAUGCUCGCGCGUCGGCCAUUUAUAUCGAAGUUCAACUUACUCAUUCGACGGCGAUGUUGCAGAAAUUACGUCGAAAAAUAAUAUAAGAUUGGUAGAAAUUUGGAUGCCAGAUAUAAGGGAUGUAGUUUAUGCUGCCAAUCCGGGAUGGAGGAAGUAUUCAGGCGGUAAUAUGACAGAUCGUAUGGCACUCCAGAGACGGCUGAGUUGUAGAGAUUUGCACUGGUACUUUAAGAACAUAUACCCCGAGAGUGGUUUUAACAAUGAAUUUGUUUACAUCGGCGAAGUAAAAAACAAGGCGGACAACAGAUGCUUAGAUACGUGUUAUGAAGGACCCAUGAAAACAUUCGCCUGUCAUCACAUAGGCGGAAAUCAAUUGUUCGUUUUUACAAAAACGCAAAAAAUUGUUUCAUUUUUCGAUAUUUGUAUGGGCGUGGAUAACAACAAAGUCGUGUCUGUCGACUGCAGUAAAUCACCGCGAUGGAAAUAUGAUAAUGAGACAAAAUGGUUGGUUCACGUUGAUAGUGAGCGUUGCAUACAGAACAACGUGACGGAAGUUUUAUUGACAGAAUGUAAUCCGAAUGAUGAGACAAUUGAAUGGGAAAUAAUAUCCGCACCUUCGCACAAAAUACUUUAAGGUAGCCUUCCACAGUAGGUAUAUAACCAAUGUAAUAAUUAUCAAAUACUUCUAUUGAUCGAAUUA